UCUUUACUCAAAUUGCUACCUACAUAUAAGGGCAAUAACGUUAUUUUCCACUUAGCAAAAAACUUAAAUACCUUCUUCAUCUUCUUCUUCUUCUUCCCAUCUCCACUCUCUCUCUCCUUAUUUACUCCUCACUCCACUCUGGCCACUUAUAUCAAAUUCCCAACUCUCCCUUCUCGUCUCGUCUUUCAUUUCAUCAAUGGGCCGGUCUCCGUGUUGUGACAAGAUCGGCCUCAAGAAGGGGCCGUGGACGCCCGAGGAAGAUCAGAAGCUCUUGGCGUAUAUCGAAAAACACGGCCACGGGAGCUGGAGGGCCUUGCCUGUCAAAGCUGGGCUUCAGAGAUGUGGUAAGAGCUGCAGAUUGAGGUGGACUAACUAUUUGAGGCCAGAUAUUAAAAGGGGAAAAUUCAGUUUACAGGAGGAGCAAACAAUCAUUCAACUCCAUGCUCUUUUGGGAAAUAGAUGGUCGGCCAUCGCAACCCAUCUGCCUAAACGGACAGACAACGAGAUUAAGAAUUAUUGGAACACACAUCUGAAGAAACGUUUGGCGAAAAUGGGGAUCGACCCGAUCACCCAUAAGCCCAAAAACGACACCCUUUUGUCCAGUGACGGCCAAUCCAAAAGUGCCGCCAAUCUAAGCCACAUGGCCCAGUGGGAGAGCGCCCGCCUCGAAGCUGAAGCCAGACUGGUCCGCCAGUCUAAGCUCCGCGGAGGUGGUGGCGGAGCUUCUGCCUCCAUCACGUCAGGACCUUUUCAGGCGCAGAGCUCAGAUUUCGCCUCCACUUCGGCACAGUUUCAGAAGCCAGGAGGCGCGGCACGGCCGUGCCUCGACGUGCUCAAGGCAUGGACCGGCGGAGCGGCGGCGGCGGGUGUCGGCGGGGAGCUGGAGUCGCCGACGUCGACGCUGAGCUCGGCAGCGGGGGUGGAGGAGAGCUCUGCCGCCGUGGCGGACUCCGACAGCGGGCUCAUGAAGGAGGAAGGGGUGGAGGAGUGGAAGCAUCUGGCGAAGAACGGCGACAGCGCGGCGCCCUUUGCGGCGGCGCUGCCGGAGGCGGCGGAGUGGGCGGCGGCGGGUGCCGAGCACGUGCCGAGCGGGAAUUUCGUGGAGAAGUUCACAGAUCUUCUUCUCAGCACGUCGUCGGGAGAUCGGCGAUUCUCCGACGACGGCGGAGAAUCCGAUAACGGGAGCGGCGGCGACGGCGAAGGCGGAAGCAGGGGAGGCGAUUAUUAUGAAGAUAACAAGAAUUAUUGGAAUAGCAUUCUUAAUUUGGUGAAUGCUUCGCCAUCUGAUUCGCCAAUAUUUUGAGGAAUUAAUCAGUCUUCCAUUUUGUGUUUCAUCAAAUUCAAAUGUAACAUCUUUCAACUGUAGAGAUCAGUUUUUGUUUCUUUUUUUUUUCUGGGUUCGGCCAUUGUUAGAUUAAACUCUUUAAUAUUGUCACGUGCCAUGUUCAUACCUCCAUUUUCCUUUGUUAGAUUCAAAUAAAACUAAGCUUUAUUCAA